GUGAACCCCACAAGCUCAACCACACAAACACAUCAAACUGAUAUUACGACACAAGGACACUCUCCAAGUUCUAAACCCCUAAACCCCCGACCCCAGAGGCACCACCUCACCCCCAGAGGACAGAGACAGGGCAACGCAACGGACAGAGUACGACAACGACUCCUCACAAAGCCCACGCCCUAA